AGUGUGAUUGUAAACAUUGUUUGAAAUAUAUGCAAUAAAUCAAUUCAAAUCUCAAUAUGAUUACAUCAAAAGUAUUUGUGAAGAAAACAAAAAGAGGAGCUAUUGUUAAAACUGUGAGAGAACAUUACCUACGUGAUGAUAUACUUUGUGGUUCUGCAUUAUGUGUUUCCUGCCCAGAAUCAAGCACAUGUUUGGAAGCUGAACCUAUAAGCUAUAGUGAAUUGUGCAAAAAUCCGCAUUAUAUAAUUCCAGAUUCAAAUGUUGUUAUACAUCAGAUUGAUGUUCUUGGUGAACCAGCUUUCAAAAAUGUUAUUAUAUUACAGACAGUAUUAGAAGAAAUACGGCAUCGCCAUUCACCAGCAUAUAAUAGGCUCAAAGAAGUAAUUUCAAAUGCUGAUCGUCAUUUUUAUACAUUUACAAAUGAGCAUCAUCGUGAUACAUAUACAGAAAGAAAACCAGGUGAAUCAGCAAAUGAUAGAAAUGACAGGGCUAUACGAAAUGCCACAAAAUGGUAUCAAGAACAUUUAGCAUCUUCCGAUUCUUCCAAAAAUAUCAAAGUAUUGUUGCUAACUAAUGAUAAAGAAAACGCUAAAAAAUGUGAAGGGGAAGGUUUUUUGGUAUAUUCUUUUUCAGAGUAUGUAAAAAGUAUGAAACAGUUUCCAUCUCUUGUUGAUAAAUUAGCUCAGAUUAAUCUGAAGAAGAAUGAUGGUCCUGAAUUUGUAAGUUCUAAGGGUCCUGUUCUUUAUCCUGAGCACUGGAAGCUUUCAAAAAUUCAAGAAGGUUUAAAAUCAGGAAGUCUUUGUCAAGGAAAAUUUCAAGCCAGUAGGGAAAAUUAUUUGGAAGGAAAUGUUUUUAUUGGAGGUGAAGAUGAAUCGGAUGCAAAAUCAGUUUUCAUUCAAGGUCUAAAACAUUUAAAUAGAGCAGUUCAUGGUGACAUUGUUGCUAUACGGAUAUUACCAGAAGAAGAAUGGUCAUGCCCAUCAUCCCUUGUUCUGGAAGAUAAAACUAAGAAUCCUGAUGAUGAUAAAGAUACUCAUGAUGAAAUUUUAAAGAAGAAAAGAGCUGCCAAUAAAAUAAUGUCAGGUGCUGUUGUAGGCAUUAUCAAACGUAACUGGCGGCCAUAUUGUGGAAUUUUGCAACCUCCAUCGAUAAAAGGACAAACAACACACUACCUAUUUGUACCAUCUGAGCGUAGAAUUCCAAAAAUCAGAAUUGAAACUCGCCAAGGUGUAAAGUUACUGUCUCAGCGAAUUAUAGUAUCUAUUGACAGCUGGCCUCGAGAGUCUAGGUAUCCACAAGGACAUUACGUCCAAAGCCUUGGAGAGACUGGUGAAAAAGAAACAGAAAAUCAAGUUCUGCUUUUAGAACAUGAUAUUCCUCAUCUGCCAUUUUCAAAAGCUGUUCUUGAUUGCCUGCCAGAAUUACCUUGGAUUAUCACUGAAAAAGAUGUUGCUGCAAGAAAAGAUUUACGUCAUAUUUCUAUAUGUAGUGUGGAUCCGCCAGGUUGUACAGAUAUUGAUGAUGCUUUACAUUGUCGAAAAUUAGAAAAUGGUCAUUUAGAGGUUGGUGUACAUAUUGCUGAUGUGUCUCAUUUCAUUAGACCUGGCACUGCUAUUGAUGCUGAAGCUGCAAUGCGUGGAACUACAGUUUAUUUAGUUGAUAAAAGAAUUGAUAUGGUUCCUGAGCUUUUGAGUUCAAAUCUCUGUUCUCUUAGAGGAAAUGAAGAAAGGUUUGCUUUUACUGUUAUUUGGGAAAUGACAUCAGAAGCCAAAAUACUUAGGACCUCAUUUUUCAAAUCUAUAAUUAAAUCCAAAGCUGCACUUACUUAUGCAGAAGCUCAAAUGAGAAUAGAUGACAAAUCGCUGAAUGAUGAUGUGACUGUAAGUUUACGUUUGUUGAAUAGUCUUGCCAAGAUUCUCAAAAAGCAGAGAAUAGACAAUGGUGCUCUGAGUUUAGCAUCAACAGAAGUUAGAUUUGCUAUGGACACUGAGACUCAUGACCCUAUUGAUGUCGAAAAGAAAGAAUUAAAGGAAACAAAUUCUAUGGUUGAAGAAUUUAUGUUGCUUGCCAAUAUUUCUGUAGCCAAGCGAAUACUUGAAGAAUUUCCAGAUUGUGCAUUGCUUCGAAGGCAUCCUGCUCCAGGUGUUUCAAAUUUUGAACCCCUUAUCAAGGCUGGCCAGUCUAAGGAUUUUAAAAUAGAAGUGAAUUCUGGAAAAGCUUUAGCAGAAUCAUUGGAUGCUGCUGUUGUUCCUGAGAACCCAUAUUUCAAUGUUAUGCUGAGAAUGGUAGCUACUCGCUGCAUGGCACAGGCAUUAUAUUUUAGUAGUGGAGUGUUACCUCAAACUGAAUACUUUCAUUAUGGUCUGGCAGUUCCAAUAUACACUCAUUUUACUUCUCCUAUUCGAAGGUACUCUGAUGUUAUUGUACAUCGUUUAUUAGCUGUAGCUAUAGGAGCUGAUAUUACAUAUCCAGAUCUUGUAGAUAAAAAAAAGACACAGGAAAUUUGUAAUAAUUUAAAUUACCGCCAUAAACAAGCUCAAUAUUGUGGAAGAGCAUCUGUGAAUCUGUAUACUCAUAUAUUUUUCAAAGACAAAGUUGUGGAAGAAGAAGGAUUUAUAUUAUUUAUUAGAGAAAAUGCUCUUCAAGUACUUCUACCUCGCUUUGGACUAGAGUGUACUUUAUAUCUGAGCUCUGUUAAUAAAGAUGAAGACACAGUAACAUUUGAAUAUGAUGAAGAGGGUCCGUCACAAACUGCAGGAGGAAUUACUUUAAGACAGUUUGAUCCAGUGACUGUUCAACUGCACAUUGAUAAAACUAAUAUUCAGCAUCAGAAAACAAUCUUAAAACUUGUAAAACCUCAUAUUCCAAGGUUCAGUGUUCCGCCUCUAGCAGAUGAACCACCUGUCAAAAAACAGAAAACUGUGUAAUAUUAUAAAUAGUUUCAAAUAAAUUUUUUAUUUCUUUUAAAUAUUUAAUUCAAUGCUACAGUCAAUUAAAUCAGCAUUAAGGGGA